CAACAUCAUGCCACCGAAUAUCGCAUCUUGACAUCCUUGCCGACCCAGGAGCAUUUACGUGAGUUUGUAGCGGUGCAUAGAGCGAUUUGCGGCGACAUUUCAUAAGAAGCACGGUGUGCAGGACCGUUCGCGACUUUGCUUACCACCUGCAUCAAUCUCAUUCCUGUGUAGCUGCACGCUCACACAACCGUUAUGGUCCAAAUCUUUGCCGCGCAAGUCUUCUUUAUCUGCCUGCGCGAGUGCCUGGAGACCAGCAUCAUCGUGUCGGUUCUACUCUCUUUCCUGAAGCAGACCUUGACCUCGGAAAAUGACAAGCCCGUCUACCGCAAGCUGGUUCGACAGAUCUGGCUCGGGGUCCUCCUCGGCGUCGCAAUAUGCAUCGUGUUUGGUGCCGCAAUCAUAGGCACCUUCUACCACCUGCAGUCUGACAUCUUCUCGCAAUAUGAGUACAUCUGGGAAGGCGUUUUCAGCCUCAUUGCGUCCGCAAUCAUCACGGUCAUGGGUGCAGCGCUGCUCCGGAUCUCCAAGAUGCGAGAUAAGUGGCGAGUGAAGAUUGCGGCCGCUCUCGAUGCAAACAGCGCCGGGGAAUCUUCGCCAAGGGGUCUCCGAUUCCUCGGAGAGAAAUACGCCAUGUUCCUCCUACCCUUUGUCACGGUGCUUCGCGAAGGACUAGAGGGUGUGCUCUUCAUCAUCGGUGCCGGUCUUGGGCUCCCCGCGACUGCUUUCCCGCUGGCUGUGGCAUGUGGGUUAGGCGUUGGUGCGCUGAUUGGAUACCUCCUAUACAGAGGAGGCAAUGCGGGAUCCUUGCAAAUGUUCCUGGUUGCGUCGACUUGCUUCUUGUAUCUGAUAGCCGCUGGCUUGUUGAGCAAGUCCGUCUGGUUUUUCGAGAACUAUGCGUGGAAUGUUGCAAUCGGUGGUGACGCAGCGGAGACAGGUGCUGGGCCCGGGUCAUACGACAUUCGCCAGAGCGUCUGGCAUGUCAAUUGCUGCAGUCCCCAGCUCGACGGCGGCGGCUGGUGGGGCGUCUUCAACUCAAUCUUCGGCUGGCAGAACUCAGCCACCUACGGCAGCGUCAUCUCCUACAACCUAUACUGCAUUGGCGUUGGUGUCGCAUUCCUACGCAUGUACAUCAGUGAGAAGAAAGCGGUCAAGGCAGCGUAAAGGACCAUAGUUGCCCGCCCCAAUAGGCCACCCGGGGGCAACUCAGGUUACACUACAAUUCAUCAUCCACAUUUGACUAUGUCUCCUAGUGUCGCACUUCCCAUCCCCAAUCCACAGUGCACGCUCUCGGCCCACCCUCAACAUAACGAGUUCACCACACAUUCAGGAAUCCAUUUCUUUCCUCAGGUAUCAUAAAUACAUCCAUUACUAGCU